CACUGAUGUGUGUUUUAUUGUGUUAUUUAACACUGUUUGUGUUUCCUGUAGCGACUGUCCACUGUGAAGCAGCAUGAACGGAUAUGAAAAUCCAGCUCUGGCCUCUGGCAUCUUCAGCUCCUACAGCUCCAACGUCAAUGGCCACAGCUCUUCGUCUCCGGGGCCUCAGAGACAGAAAGCCAAGUCCAGUGCCAAAGCUCUGUACGAACAAAGAAAAAACUACAGCAAGGCCAGCAUCAACAGCCUGACAGACACAUCGCAGUACCAUGUGGAGCAUCUCACCACCUUCGUGUUGGACCGUAAGGACGGGAUGAUCUCGGUGGACGAUGGGAUCAGACGCCUGCGUCUGCUGGACGCCAAAGGGAAGGUCUGGACCCAGGAGGUUCUACUGCAGGUGGAGGAGAAGAUGGUCAGCCUGGUGGACCUGGAGACCAAGAAUGAGCUGGAGAACUUCCCCAUCUCCUCCAUCCAGCACUGCCAGGCCGUGAUGAACGCCUGCAGCUACGACUCCAUCCUGGCUCUGGUGUGUAAAGAAUCGGGUCAAACCAAACCGGACCUGCACCUGUUCCAGUGCGACGACAUCAAGGCGAAUCUGAUCCACGCAGACGUAGAAAGUGCCAUGAUCGAUGCCAAAGGAGGCAAAGUGAAGAAGCGACCAGAGGCUCUGAAGAUGAUCCUGAAGAGCGACAGCGCCAUCCCCCCUCCCCCUACUGCCCCCGCCCCUGAACCGCCUGCGUCGGCCAAUCCGGUGGACGUAAAGAGCCGAGCGGCAGCCUGGUCAGCGUGGACCAAUGAGCAGCAAGACUACGAGCGGCAGCGACAGCUCUCAGGGGACGGUGGUCUGGUGGAGAUGACGGCGACCCGGGUGGACCGAGACGUGCAAAUCCUGAACCACAUCCUGGACGACAUCGAGUUCUUCGUUACUCAGCUUCAGAAGGCAGCCGAGGCUUUCAGCGAGCUCUCCAGGAGGAAGAAGGCCAAGAAGGGCAAGAAGAAAGGUCCGGGAGAGGGCGUCCUGACACUGAGAUCCAAACCUCCCAGUGAGGACGAGUUUGUGGACUGUCUGCAGAAGUUCAAACACGCCUUCAACCAGCUGGGGAAGCUGAAGGACCACAUCCAGAACCCGAGUGCUGUGGAUCUGGUCCACUUCCUGUUCACUCCUCUGAAGAUGGUGAUCCAGACAUCUGGUAGCGUGGAUCUAGCUCGUAGCGUCGUGGUUCCACUGUUGAACAGAGAAACCAUCGAGUUCCUUCAUGCUGCUACGACAGCCGAGGAGAGACACCUGUGGGUCGCCCUGGGAGACGGAUGGACCAAGUGCAGGCUGGAGUGGCCGAAGGACUACUACUUUCCUCCCUCGGUGUUGAAGUUCCGUGAUGGUUGGGAACCUCCGCUGGUUCCAGGGGUAACUAGAGAACAGGAACUGGCUCAGCUGGCUGAGAGUCUGUCCAACGCCGACAUCCAGAGAACCGAAGAUAUGAUGAUGCAACUCGGUCAGGAGGUGGCGCUGCAGAGGUUCCCUCCAGAUGAUGGGUACGACUUAUCCUCCUCCAAACAGAUCCAGAUCCUGGAUCAGGACACGGCUGUAGCUGCUUUCAAACACGCCAUCAGCCGGCGUGUCGACCGCAGCUUCGAUGACGACGGCCGGACACAGCAGAAACUUUUUGCCAAAUCUAAAUAUGACUUUGUGGCGAGAAACAACACAGAACUGUCCGUUGUCAAAGACGAGGUGGUCGAGGUUCUGGACGACAAGAAGCAGUGGUGGAAGGUCCGUAAUGGGAUGGGAUCAAGCGGCUACGUGCCAAACAACAUCCUGGAAAUCACCAAAGCCGUGGACCUGAGCGGCCGAGGAGAACCCAUCUACAGCCACACAAUCCAGCAACUUCUGGGAGAACUCAACGAGAAACAAACCACCAGAACUGACUUCCUGCCCAGUAAACCUGCCGCCACGCCGAUGCCCCCGGCCCCGCCUCCGGCUCCCGCCAUGCCGCCAUCGCCACCGCUGCCGCCGCCAGCCACUGAUCACGCCAAGAUCAUCCGAAAGAACAGCAACACGUCCAGCGACAACAGCAGCGUUGCCAUGAGGGAGAACAGUGGCCAGAAACCUGCCGUCAGCCGUCGGAAGUCUAACAUGGAGGAGGUCCAGGAUGAGCUGAUGACCAGACUGACGUUGGGUCGGAGCGCCCAGAAGAAGUUCCAGAUUCCUUCUCGCAGCAGCAGCCUGCAGACCAUCAGCAUCACCUACGACUCGUCUCCAGACCAAGUCAGGACCUGGUUGGAUGCCAAAGGCUUCAGUCCAGUGACCAUCACCAGUCUUGGCGUUCUAACCGGAGCUCAGCUCUUUUCUCUCAACAAGGAGGAGCUGAAGACGGUUUGUCCCGAUGACGGAGCUCGAGUCUUCAGUCAGGUGGCCGUCCAGAAGGCAGCGCUGGAGAAAAGUUCAGGCUCUGAACUCCAGGAGAUCAUGAGGAGGCGGCAGGAGAAACUGGCGGCCGAUUCGGGCGUUGAGUCUUUUGACGAAGGCCGCUGAGCUCCUCCUUCCUCUUCCUCUGUUUGUCCAGGCGGCCGCUGACCACCAAGAGUUCCUGCAGAUCAUGAGGCGGCGCCAGGAGCAGCUCAGCUCGUCUCCGUAGAACCUUCUGCCACGUUUGCCUGAAGUAGUUCACUCUUUGGGAACUUUUUAUUUUUUACCGUGAAGAGGAGGGAAGCUGCUAAGAGGCUGGAUUUCCAAAGUUAAACCUCUCAGUAUUAAAGUUGGGAUGGAGGUCCGAGUUUUUCGGGUUCCAUCGGCGCCGUCAGUCACAGAACAAAGAAAAAACUGUAGAAACUGAACUUCCUGCAUUCGAUGAUCUUCAGAAAAGUUUCAUCACUAACCGACUGUUCACCAUCUGGAUCUGGUUCCAACACGUGAACAUUUUACGAUCCAAAAUGACAAGUUUAUCCAAAUUUACUGUAAAAAAAUGUCAAAAAUCAUACAAAGUUAGUCCAAAAUGAUUCAAAAAUUAGUCAAAAACUGUCCAGAGCAGCAACAACAGUAACAACAACAGCAGUAAACUAACAGUAAAAUGAGCCCAAACUGAGAAGAAAAGGCUCAAAAACACCCAAAACUGUGACAUAAACCAAGAAUUUUAUCCAAAAGUGACCAUAAAACUCCAAAAUAAUCAUUUGUGACUCAAAAUGAGUCUAAAAUAGCAAUUCAUCCAAAAAUUACACAAAAUUCCACCGAAAGACAUAAAAUUGUCUAAAUGAAAGAAAACCUGUGACAGGAUUAAACUAGAAAUGGGAUGUUUAGAUUCUUUAUUCUGUGUCUGACAGGAAGUCUAAAAUAAUUCUGAUGUUACUCAACUAAUCGAUGGUAGAACUGGUUCUAAUUUAUGAGCUGAAUAUGAUUUAGAUCAGAUUUAUUGACUAGAGAUCAGCUGAUCAGAUGAUGAUCAAAGUGUAAAUGUUUAAAAAAAAAUCAGUUUUAAUCUGUGAAAAUCUGAAUGUAAACCGGAUGAAUGUUUCCAUAGCGAUAGGUGUGGCCUCGUCUGAUUGGUCAGCAAUGGUCAGGUGAUGAAGCAGCUGCAGGUUUUAAUGUUUUUAUUUCGAUCCAGUCAAAUUAAACUUCCACAGUUUAAAAAAAAUAUAAAAUAAAAUGGCCGAAAAGUACAGCAGACCAACGCUGCUGAUAAAACAAAAAUAUGGCAGACCAACGCUGCCAACAUGACGCUGGAAAAUUUUUGUAAAAUCAGCAAAACAUUCAAACCGUCAGAUAAAGAGGAAGCUGCUGUUUCACUGUUAUUUUUUUCUUUCUGAUGGAUCUUCUGCUUCAGAUCGAUAAAAAGACAUUUAACAAAGGACUUGACUUGUUCCGUGAUGUUGCAUCGACGCAAAAACCCUAAAGCAAAAUUUACCUUUUUUUAUCUCCUGAAUUUCAGAUUCCAUUACAGCAUUCCUUAAAACUUCUCGAAACUAACUUCUUGUCUUCCGUCCAGUUUUUUGACAUCAGAAUAAAAACCAUUGUCUCUUUGGAGCAGAUUUAAGAUGUCCUGGUUCUAAAAAGUUUAAAUUCAAAAACCUGCUGCUCGUUUCUCUUCAGUAACAAACAGGUGAUUCCACUUUUACUAACCAAUGAGACCAAACUAUGUUCAAACUCUAAUUCAUCAUACAACCUGUUUUUAUUCACCUGAAGCUCCUCCAGCUGCUCUGAUUUAAAUAAAAUGAAAGAAAUCUGUUUGGAAUAAAAACAAUUGAAGGACGUGAUCCUUCAGAUCCUUCAGGUGUUUCCGUUCAUGCAGGUCAUGAACUCUUCCGUUAUUUAAACUCUGAUUAGAAUGAAAUCUAAUAAAACUAAUAAAACUCAACUGUUAGUUCUGAAGUCUUUAGUUCCUUUAGAUCACUGAGGAUUUGAUUGUUUCCUCUGAAAUCAUCUGAGCUAGAGCAGAACUCAGAUUAAACCUGGAUCAAACUGCAGAUUAAUCUUGAGAUUAAACUGCAGAUUAAAUUGCAGAUGAAACUCUAGCUUGUCGCUUCUUGUUGCUGAUAAAGUUUGUAGUUGAACGAAACUGCUGCUUAGAGGCCAAUCAGGAAGAAUCUCUGUCUGUGAAUAGUCUAUUUGUGCCUUUUUCCAUUAAAAUGUGCUCAUUCUGCAAUAAAAAUUAGAAUUCCUUUA